AUGUCCCCAUCUCAGCGUUGUAGUGCCGCUACUACAAAGGGACUCCAGUGCGAUAGAAAUGCGAGCAACCGCCACCUCAUCCGCCACCGAUGCUGGCAGCAUCAAGAUCAGCGCCUUGUUCCAACAUUCCGCGAAGCAGGCAAGUCUGUCCAGAGGACCAGCAGUAAGCCUGAGACUCGAGAUGGAGCCAGAAGCCGGAGUAGGAGUGCUAGUAGGCCUAGAGUGCAAAUCAGCCCAGAUGUUGAUGUCGUAUACUUUGAGAGAGAAGGAAGUGUUGACACGCUAGAUGUGGGUCGCAAAAAGAGGCCGACCUCGUUUGGCCGUUCACGCCGCAAUUCCGCAACGUCCGAGGAUUUCUUUACUCUGAAACGCGACGUGGGUGACAAGCUAUCGUCGAUGAAAAGCAUCAUUCACGACAAGUUCUCGGCUAUGAAGCGCGAUACGUCAGAUGAGCUCAAGGCUUUGCAACAACAUAUGGACCAGUCGAUCGAUCAUCUCGGCAAAUUGAUGGCCAGACUGACCCGCGAGGUUCACACUGCAACGCCUUCUACUUCAGACAGGCGUAAUUCGACCUCAAGGAGGAUCCGACGAUCUUUCCACGAUCAUGCGGUGGUUCCAUCUGUGGAAUGA